AUGGCCAGCGUAGAGGCCAAGCAGAGGGAGUCCAAGCUCCUCAUCGAGUACGCCGCAAAGGCGGCUGAGCAAUUCGUCUCCCUCUACUACUCAGCCUACGACUCACGCAAUCGCGUAGGGCUCAUCCCGACACUCUACUUGGGCACGUCGACAGUCCUUUGGAAUGGUAACCCGAUUCAGGGCAACGGCGGCGUGGGAGAGCUGAUGGAUUCAUUGCCGGCUACUAAGCAUGAAGUGCAGAGUAUGGACGCUCAUCCUGUUGGUGGAGGGUCGAACGAGGCUGGCUUUGCCGCUCCCUCGAUUUUGGUGACCGUAUCAGGCGUCGUCACACACCACACACCCAACUCAGCAUCAGCCCUUCCACCAUCGAAUGCACCCGAGUCGUCUUCAACACGGACCAAGGGCGGGCGCUACGACUCCUCCCUUCCCCUCGACUCCCUACCUCGCGCCUUCAGCCAGAAUUUCGUUCUGGUCAAUGAUCCAGAGGGUAAAGGGGACGGAGGCGUGGUAGUCUCGUGGGACUCGAGCAAUAGCGUCGCAGCAAAUGGCGGCCCUGGUAGCGGAAGCGGCGGGGGCAAGAAGUCUGGGGGUGGUGGAGGAGGAAGCUCGGCGGACGUACUCAGGGCGGCGGCGCCUACCAUUACGGGCCGCUUCUUUGUGCAGGCGGAUCAAUUGCGCUUUGUUGGAUGAGCGCGAAAACGAGCAAGAAGUCACUUCAUCAUCUGUACCAGCAUCAAUCAUACCACUUUGCCAUCACCCUCUCCCUCUAGCUGUGCCAUCGAAUGCGGAUUCCAGCAUCGUGCUUAACCAAC